CUCGGGACUGCCCUCCCUCCUGCCUCUUCUUCCUCCCCGGCCCCGACCAUCUCUGCCUUCUUUCACAGCCGUGCCUCUUGCCCUAGGGCCCCCAGCUCUAGAAUGAAUUAUCAGUAUACUCGAAGCCCCCUGAGUGCCCCUUCCCAUCGCAUUCCCCACCUUCCCCAGAGAGGCAGUGACCUGAACUUGUUAUCCAUCUGUCCUACAAGUCACUUAAAUGUUCGCUACAUGCACAUACACCCUUACAUGACAUAUGGCAUUAUUAUGCCUGUUUUCAAACACUAUGUAAAUGGCAAUACUCUCUCCAUAUCUUUCUUCCCCUUCCUUUUUUCCCUCUCAAAUGUACCCCACGGAUACAGGCAGGUCUUAUGCAUUCCCUUUCUCUGCAGUUUAAUAUUCCACGUGAGAAUGUGCCACACUUGGAAUAGACCUUUAGGACAUACCCAGCUGAGGCCAUUCUGGACCUUUCUUUCGGGCAGCAACCCAGUCCCGUCUUCUGUUCCGCCGUUGUUCAAAAAGCCUCCUGCUGGCAUUCUCCGGAGCACCCUCCCUAUUUGGGACUUUGCUGCCUGCCACCUGCCAAUACGGGUGGCCACCCGGUUGGCCCCCGAGCCCCAACAUUUCACCCAGCCUAUCCUCCCCACACCUACUUUCUCUCCAAACGGGACACGGAUCCGUCACUACUUUGCUCUAAGCUCCUCCUGGGCAUGCUGCCCCACGCCCCUGGCUUGGACCCCCAGCUUGGCCUGUGGGACCCCCUCACCGCCUGGCUCUCCCACCUUUCCAGUGUCAUCUUCCAGUACCGCAGCCCCUGGGGUUUUCCGGCCUUUCCCCGAACAUCCGAACCGGUCCCACCCCUGCCUUGACUCACGUAUUGGCCUGCAUGGCAAGCUCUCCCGUUGUCUUUCCUUCCGGGCUCCUUGUAAGCCUAAUCUUCUCCAAGAGCCCUUUCCUGAACGCCCUUCGAAGACCAAGCACGUAGUGCUGGAACCACUUGGAAGCCUAGCCCGCUAUGUGUUUAUUUAAAUACGAGACUGUCCCCCUCUGAUGGGAGCUCCUCAGUGACGCGGGCCACCCCUUGAAGCUUCUUCGGCAACCUCAGCAGCGUCAGCACUUGCGGGACACGAACAGGAACAGCAAGCCAGAGAUGAUUAUCCGGCUCCAGUCUUACAGAUGAGGAAACGGAAGCCCGGCGAGGUCACGAGGUUUCCCAAAGCCACAGAGCCAGCAAGUAGCGGACGCAGGAUUUAGACCCUCGUUGGGCUGACCCCCGCAGGACCUGAGUUUUCUUCCUCGGAGCACCGGGUGCUCAGCCCAUCUCCGUCAGGUUCUCAGCCGGAGAACCAGCUCUCUGAGAGCAGAGACCCCUCCUGGAGUUCUCUGGUGUCCACCCACCCUUACCCACCCCACACGCUUGGCCCGUCCUAAAGCCCAGGCAGUGGCCUGAGGUAGACAGUCCGAGCUCCCGGUUCAAGAGCGGGAGGGGCACUGACCCCUAGUGCGGCUACAGGCCUUCUAGUCCGGGCCGGAAGCUCCCGAAUGCCCAUCCCACCUCUGCACUACCUGCCCCCACCCCCAACGGCCCCCACCCCCCUGGCCCCGGCCCCUCCUGGCUAGGACACAGGGCCUUUCAGCCCUGGCUGCCGCCAUGACCACCUUCUCGGGAGGGGCUGUUUUUCUAAACUUUUGAUCCCAGGAGGGAGGCAGACUGCAGGUGUGGAGAGGUCCUGGGCCUGUGUGAUGGGACGUCUCUGUGACUACCGUGUGGUAUGUGUCCCUGCCCUGGGUGUCCACAGGCUUAAUUGCAGGCUUUCGGGGUGGAAGGGACCUCUCGGUGUAAACAUAGCUCGAGUAGCGAGGGGCACGUGUGUGUGCCCGUGUGCGUCUGCACACGUGCUCAGGUGUAUGCUUGUGUGUGGUCGUCGUGAAUCCCCCACCUCAGACAAGGGCCUCUUUGUGUUCCCUGCUCAGACUCUCUGCUCCUUCAGAAGGCCCCCGGUUGCUUAUUUUUAUAGGGCGUUCCAGUCCUUCUCUCUCCCGUUCCCUCUGUCCCACAGUGGCUAUUCCAACAAGCCCCGACUUACCUCAUUCUGCCGAGAGAAGAACGGGAGCUGAGGGGCUCUUACCUCAGUUUCCCCCUUGGGAGUCUCCAAGAAGGUGGCGGGGGGGGGGGCGCGGGGGGGAGAAGGCAAAGCAAAUAGUGUCACUAAAACGCUGAGACUAAGCCACCGAGCCUCCCACCACAGUAUGCCUCAUUCUCAAUGCUUUGUCUGUUAAUCUCUUUGAUUCCUGGGUCUCAAUGUCCUCAUCUGUAAAAUGGGGGUAAUCAUGGCAUGUAACUCAGAGGUGUUGCGGGGGGAUUACAGGAAACAUAAAGUGUCUAGAAUUGUGUCUGGCACACGAGAGCCCAUUAAAUGUUAGCAAUUACCAUUAAACAUCUUUAUUGAGCCUGUC